AUGGUUGUGAACUCAGUUAUCGCGGCUAUGGUAGCCCAUAGAACUCCAUCUUCCCUUACAGCUGUUUACCAUAUUAGCUCCUCAAGAAGGAAUCAACUCAAAAUUGAUGAUAUUAUACAAAUUGGCGUUGAUUACUUCAAGAAGAAUCCAUGGAUUGACGAAAGAGGAAAGCUAGUCAGAGCGAAGAAAGUUCAUGUACUCGACAGCAUGGCUAGCCUUCGUAGAUACAUAGCAAUCCAUUACAUGCCACUAUUAACGAUAUUAAAGUGGGCAAACUUGAUACUUUGCCAACAUUUGCAAGACCUGCAUCCGGACUUAGAAAGAAGGAUCAAUCAUGCCAUUCGACUAGCUGAACUCUACAGGUCCUACUUGUUCUUCAAAGGAGUUUUAAAUGAUACCAAUGCUGAAAUGUUGCGAAUGGCAACAAGAGAAAGUAAUGUAGAUGAUACAUUUAACUUUGACCCAACAACUAUUCAGUGGGAAAAAUACUUCAAGGAAAUCCAUAUUCCAGGAGUAGUGAAGUACCUUUUCUAA